AAUUUCACUUUUCUCGUGGUUUUCCAUUAAGACGGAUGUGUUUUGUUUAUUGUGCGCUUGCAAAAGAAACGAAAUUACCCUAUUUCACGAGCGAAUACGAUUCUGAUUUCGAACGAUCAAAGCAAACAACGUAACGGUUUUUUUUCUGUUGUUAUUCGAAUCAAAGCAUUACUUCGGUUGUUUUAAAAUUAAAAAUCAAAUAUCGCAGUAAUAAUCUUAAUACGUUAAAAACAUGUGGAUUUUAAUGACGGAGUAAUUGAAUAUUUGUGUAUUAAUUUAAACAGAUGUGAUUUUUUAUUCGAUCAUUAAGUUACGUGAGUUUAUUUGGAACAGAUUUAUAGGGAUUAGUCAAUUAAAAAAACAAUCCAAAGGCAAUUCUUACAUACUUUUUAAAGGAAAAAAAGUCAAACGAGUGACUUCGGAAUUUUCAUUCAGAAAAAUAAAAGAAUAAAAAUAUAAACACAUAUAUAAUAAUGGAGCCACUUAAACGAUUCACACAAUGUGGAAGCCUGACCAUGCUGUUUGCCGUUUUCAUAGUAUUGUUUGGUGUAAGCUCAACAGCACUAACAACAUUCGGUAAAAGUCCACAAAAUCCACCGCCGCCACCACCACCACCCACAGUUAAAGCACGUGAGUGUUCAUCACAAAGUGAUUGUGCUUCCAUAUCACACACCAGCUGUGUGCGUGAUGGUGUGGAAAAAACAACAAGAUGUCUAUGCGGAAACAACAAAGCACCACAAAACGGGCAAUGUGCGGAUACUGUAAAACAAUUGCGUCAUGUGUGCAACGACGAUGCGCAAUGUGGUGACGAACUGGUUUGUGGUUUUGAAAAUGCCACAAAAACAACCGGAUUUAAUCGAAAUCCAAGCGCAAUAACACCCAUCAAAAUCUGUUUAUGUGACGAAAUCUCCGGCUUCACGGAAGACAUCGAAGAUAAUACUUGCAAUGAUUCCGGUCGUCUUUUCGCGGGUAUUUUCGUUCCAUUGGCAUCAAUGAUCCUAGGAGUAAUUGCAUCGAGAAGACAAUCGAUAUAUUAAUCAAUGUAGCGAAGAAAAUGAAUCUUAUUCCAUUAAAUUAGUUAAAGUUAUUUAAAAGCUCUUAUUUUCUUUAAAAUUCACAGCACCUACAAAUAAAAUAGUAUCAAAAUACACA